AUGACUACGGCCUUUCGUGUAUUUCAUCAUGCCCCUCGGCCAAUUCAGAUCAGCGAGUUCAAAGAUGCCGUCGACGCUGUCUGUCGUCCGCGGUUUCCAACCGCUCGCUUUGCGAGACCACAGCGUAUAGUACUGGCUAUCAGUGGAGGCGUAGAUUCAAUGGCUCUCGCAUUUCUCAUGACCAAAGCUGUCCGCUCAUUCCGUGGCAUGAAAGUCGCAGAUAACCCAGUCCAUGGUGUUCUAGCUCUCGUUGUCGACCAUAAACUACGUGACGGAAGCGACCAUGAGGCGUCGGAGGUUGCCAAAGAGUUGCGAAAACUUGACAUCAAGGCCAGUGUUUCUGCUCUCUCGUGGAGAGACGAGAAACGUCAAGGUCUCGACCCUCGUCAACUCCCCAAUGUCGAGGGCCUCGCUCGAACUUACCGGUAUCGCGCACUAGGCCGGUACUGCAGCUAUCAUGGUUCCAGCAGUCUUUUCUUUGCACAUCACAGUGAUGAUCAGUACGAGACAGUCCUCAUGCGACUACUUGGAGGGCAUGGAUACCGAGGUCUGCAAGGAAUAAGAGAGGCUAAUUCGAUACCCGAAUGCUAUGAUUUACACGGUGUCUACAAGAGUGGCCUUCUCGACGACCAGCUCAGAUCAACCCCUGCACUCAGCUUUCGACCAGCUCUCAGAGAAUUGAAACAUCUACGACGCAGAAUUCGUGACGAGUUGACCCUCGAAAAGGCCAAUCUCUUGGAAGAUCUCCCUCAAGACCUCGUUCAAUCGUACCCGGGAUCCGAGGAGAUUCGUGAACUCUCCGACGUUCCAUUCCUGAAGCCCUUGGAAGUUGAGGAUGGCGGUGUCAUGAUAUAUCGGCCUCUUAUGCAAUUUGACAAAGAUAGACUGAUUGCUACCUGUGAAGCGAAUAAGAUCCCUUGGGUAGAAGAUACGACUAACAAGGACCCUACAUUAACAACACGAAACGCUGUCAGACAUCUGGUUCGAAACCACGCCUUACCAAAAGCCUUGCAAAAGCCUUCUAUCCUCUCUCUAGCUAAGAGAUCAAAAAAGAGAACCAAGCUUGAAGAAGCAGAAGCUAGCCGCUAUCUUAUUCGGGAGGCCGUCAUCAAAAACUUUGAUCCAAAUGUGGGAACUUUGCUAGUAGAGUUUCCAAAGCCGCGCAGCUUUAACAAACGAUUCAAGAGACGCUCUUUACAUCCUGAUAACGAACUACGCAAGGUCCAUCGGAGAGUUGUCGUGACCAUCGCGGUCCGCAAACUUAUUGACUUUGUCACCCCUGAGUACCAUCUCCCGCCCCUUUCAAAUCUCGAAAAAGUUGUCAAUACUCUGGUCCCCGGCAUGGCUCCAGAUACCAAUAUGACACCCAAAGCAUUCACCGCCGCUGGUGUGUAUUUCGAUCCCAUAGUCAGAGGAACAUCCAUAAAAUGGCUACUCUCCAGAGCCCCCUAUACAUCAACCCAACCCCUUCCGGUUGCAAAGCUGUACUUGCCUCCGUCAUACCUGUCACCCCCUCUAAACACAGAGGAGGAGUUCACGGAUGCCCCGGAGGCUUUCAGUCACAAGGGAUGGGCGAGAUGCAAGCUGUUCGAUGGCCGUUUCUGGAUACGCAUCGGACGUAAUAGAUGGCCUAUGUGGCAGGUCCACCCCUAUCGUGCAGAGUAUGCCAAAGCAUUCCGCAAAGCGCUGCCUCCUCUACGAAAGGCUCGACUGGAGAAGUUGCUCAAGCACUACGCUCCAGGAAAGAUUCGAUACACACUCCCCGCUAUCUACGGUGUCGAACGUAAGCGGGACCCGUAUUCUCAGCAUAUCAGUACGACAUUGACACUUCUUGCGCUGCCGACUCUGGGCAUCCGUGUGCCUGGCCUCGAGCGGUGGGUCAAGUACGAUGUUAGAUAUAAAAAGGUUGACGUCUCGCUCCUGGGACAUCACCCUCGGAGGGAGAUCAGGGGUCGCUUCGUCAGGCAUCGGCCGUUGUUCGAAAUGGGGCGCAAACAUAUAUUGGGGCUGAUGGGGGGAAAUGGGCGGCAACGAUGA